UCCUCCAGGAAACCUUAACUCAUCCACCUAGGAGCGAUCUUGAGCUCAUCUAUUAAUUUGUAUGAACUUUAAAAAAAGGUAGCGCUUGUUUAUUUCUAAGGAUGUGUGCGUAAGGCACUGAUUUUGUUUUUUGGAGGCGUAACGCCGCUGAAGUUUAGCCAAACGUCUAAAACUAAACCCGGGAGCCCGUUCGGUGGAAACGCGUUCGGCCCUCGGAGACUACAUUUCCCAUACUGCCCCGCGGGCCAGGGAGGUGCGUGAAGCGGUGUCUCCUAAGACCCGGAUUGAGGGAUGAAAAUAGGUAUGCCUGGAAGCAGAUUUUAAAAGCAGUUUCUCCAGGUCAUCUUUCACACCACCGGAUAAGCAUCUUGAGUCACCAUGGUAUUAGCAGCAGUAAAACGGGUGAUAUCAAACAGAACUAUCUGGAAACACAUAUUUCCGAUUCAAAACGGAGCUUUCUAUUGUGUUUGUCAUAAAUCUACGUAUUCGCCUCUUCCAGAUGACUAUAAUUGCAAAGUAGAGCUUGCUUUGACAUCCGAUGGCAGGACAAUAGUAUGCUACCACCCUUCUGUGGACAUUCCAUAUGAACAUACAAAACCUAUCCCACGGCCAGAUCCUGUGUGUAAUAAUGAAGAAACACAUGAUCAAGUGCUGAAAACCAGAUUAGAAGAAAAAAAGGAACCCUUGGAGCAAGGACCUAUGAUAGAACAACUUAGCAAAAUGUUCUUUACUACUAAGCACCGUUGGUAUCCUCGUGGACAAUAUUUUAGUUCAGGCCCUAUCUUGAAAUUCUUCUGUAAUGGCUUUCACUACCUGUUUUCUCCCGGCAUGUUCCAUACUGCUGUAAUCUUUUGGCAUCUUUUGUUUAUAACCAAAUUACUGUAGUUAUGAAAAUCUUGUAAAGGGGACUUAAAGGGGACAAAAUUGAAGGUAUCAUAGACGUCGUAGGAAACUGGAUCCUCCAAAAGACAGAUGAUAUUGAGGUUUUCAGGAAUCAAAGAGAUGUUAUCUUGUGUCUUAUUUGCCAUUUGAGAAAAUGCAAUUGAGUGUAUUCACUGUUAUGUAGCAAAACAAUAAUAAAAUGUCUUUUUAUGUCUUAGAAUGUCUUAGAAUGUCAAUUUCUUUAUAUAUCUUACGUAAUUGUGGAUUUGACAUUAUUAUAUGCAGAAACCUACUUCAUCUUAUCUUGCCUUUGAGAUAUUAAGGUAUACCAUUUAUUUUUAUGUAUCUAGUUGUGAUUAAGUAUUUUUACAUUAUCAGCCAAAUAUUGUUAGUAGUAUAAAUAUGAUUCAUAAAAAUGUGCAUGGUUCUCCUUCACAGGGAGAUUUUUUAAUUGCCUUUGGAAAGAAACUCAUGGGGUCCACCCAGAAAAUAAAUGUUAUGAUGUUUUCUUUCUUGUGGCUUCUAGGAAAUAAAUUCUAGUUGACCCUUGAACCACAUGAGUUUGAAGUGGUCUGCUUAUACACAGAAUUUUUUUUGAUAAAUAUAGUACAGUACUGUAAAUGUAUUUUCUCUUAAGAUUUUCUUAGUAACAUUUUCUUUUCCCCAGCAUUAUUGUAACAAUAUAAAAAUAUAAAAUACAUAUAACAUGCAAAAUACAUGUUAAUCAAUUAUGUUAAUCGGUGAGGCUACCAGUCAUCAUAGGCUAUUAGUAAUUAAAGUUUUGGGGAGUCAAAAGUUAGACAUGCAUUUUUGACUGCAAUGGGGAUUGGUACCCCUAACCCCUUUGUUCAGGGGUUAACUGUAGUUACAUUUUAAUUAGUUUCUACUGCUUGCUAGGUCCUUUACAUAUAUAUACAUUAUUAUUAAAUUCUCACAAUAAUCCUUUGAAGAAAGAUCAUCAUUCCUACUUUAUAGGUAAGGCCAAGUGACUUUGAACUCCACUUACCUAGCAAGUGGAGUGGGAGAGCCAGGAUCCAAAUGGUCUGGUUCCAGAGCCUUUCUACUGUGCAUUACAGUGACAAAGGGUUAUUUUCUUUUACCUAAGAAUGUCCUUUCCUAGAAAGGAUAUUAUAGAAUUUGUUUUAAUUUUUUUUUUUUUUCUGGCUGUUUUAGAAAUUAUGCUAGCUUCAGAACACAUGCAACUCUGUGGUUAAAAUGUUAAUAUCACUAGUGUGAUGAGAAUGUUAAUUGAUUAUUUUGCUGUUGGUUGUCACUACCACCUUAUAUGUGAUCCUUAAUGGCAUUGCUGCCCCUGUGAUUUCUGUUUAGGACGUGAGGAAUCUUUUAAGAAGGUGGAAAGGUGCUUUAUUGAAACUUGUAAAAUAUUUGUGAUAUUUUAAAAUCUGAUGUGGAAAAUGAUUUCAUUGAAGUAAAAUUGAAAUGAAAUUCA